GCCGUGGAAGAGGGGCACUCUGAACUGGGCCAGCCCCGGCGGGGUGGCGGCCAACAGAGCGCCCACCUGUCCCGGUCCUGCGGCGCCAAGGUAGCCGGGCCGCCGGCCGCGGGGCUUCCGAGAUCCGCGCGGCUCGGCCCGAGGGCGAAGGAGAGGGAGGGCGGUUGCUGACACCGCCGCCCUUCAGUCCCAGGUCUCUGCGCGACCGAAGCUGGCGGAUUUUUCCUUCAGCUCUCGGUUUCCCGGCGGCGGCCGGAGCCGUGCCGGAAGCAGGCGGCGCCACGGGCGCCGGGGGUGAGACCUCGCCGUCCUCUGCGCCUGUUACCUGUUGCGCGCCCUUGCCGCCGAGUCUCAAGUGGGCAUGUUUCAGGUGGGCAGGUCCAGCAUCCCCAAACCUGCCGCCCGGAACCUGGAGGACCUGGACUCUGUGCAGCGCGUCCUCUUCCACAGUGACCUGGAGCCUGAAUGGCUGGACAGUGUGCAGAAGAAUGGAGAGCUAUUUUAUUUGGAGUUGAGUGAGGAUGAAGAAGAAAGCCUUCUUCCUGAGACACCUACUGUGAACCAUGUCAGGUUCAGCGAAAACGAGAUUAUUAUUGAAGAGGAUGAUUACAAAGAAGGAAAAAAGUAUGAACCCAAACUCAGGCGGUUUACCAAGAUUUUAAAAAGUAAAAAACUUUUACCCAAGCGCUAUAAUAAAAAAAAUAGCAAUGCCAGUGGGCCAGUAUCCAUUCUAAAGCAUCAGUCCAAUCAGAAAACAGGAGUUGUUGUCCAACAGCGGUACAAAGACGUGAACGUUUACGUGAACCCCAAAAAGCUAACCGUCACCAAAGCCAAAGAGCAGCUCAAGCUUCUGGAAGUACUGAUUGGGAUUAUCCAUCAGACCAAGUGGAGCUGGAGAAGAAGUGGAAAACAGGGCAGUGGAGAGAAGCUUGUGGUCCAUGGCCUGCUGCCAGGAGGAUCUGCUAUGAAGAGUGGUCAGAUAUUAAUUGGUGAUGUCCUUGUUGCCGUGAACGAUGUAGAUGUGACCUCUGAGAACAUAGAGAGAGUUCUAUCUUGCAUUCCUGGACCUAUGCAGGUGAAACUGACAUUCGAAAAUGCAUAUGCUGUGAAAAAGCAAACAACUCAACCAAGACAGAAAAAGGCACAGUCAAACACAAGUGAUUUAAUCAAACUUCCAUGGGGGGACGAGGACAAAGAUACCCAGCAGAAUAUUCUAAACACUCCUCACAUCGUUAUGUAUCUCACACUACAGCUCGACUCGGAAACAUCAAAGGAAGAGCAGGAAAUCCUAUAUCAUUAUCCAGUAUCUGAUGCAUCUCAGAAACUUAAAAGUGUGAGAGGGAUAUUUCUCACACUCUGUGACAUGUUGGAAAAUGUAACUGGGACACAAGUUACUAGCUCAUCCCUUCUUUUAAAUGGGAAACAAAUUCAUGUAGCUUAUUGGAAAGAAUCUGACAAGCUGUUGUUAAUUGGCCUGCCUGCUGAGGAAGUUCCUCUUCCUCAGCUAAGGAAUAUGAUUGAAGAUGUUGCCCAAACCUUAAAAUUUAUGUAUGGUUCUUUAGAUAGUGCCUUUUGCCAGGCUGAGAAUGUUCCUCGUUUGGAUCAUUUUUUCAGCUUGUUCUUUCAAAGAGCACUUCAGCCUGCUAAACUACAUUCCAGUGCCAGUCCCAGUACACAACAAUAUGAUGCUUCCAGUGCAGUACUUUUAGACAAUCUCCCUGGAGUUCGGUGGCUCACACUUCCACAGGAUAUUAAGGUGGAAUUAGACACAGCAUUGAGUGACUUGGAGGCUGCAGAUUUUGCAGAACUGUCUGAGGAUUACUAUGACAUGAGACGGCUAUAUACAAUUUUGGGCUCUUCUCUAUUUUACAAGGGUUAUUUGAUAUGCAGUCAUUUGCCUAAGGAUGAUCUUAUUGAUAUUGCUGUAUACUGUCGCCACUAUUGCCUACUGCCUUUAGCAGCAAAACAAAGAAUUGGUCAGUUGGUAAUAUGGAGAGAAGUAUUUCCUCGACAUCACCUCCAACCUUCUGCAGACUCAAACACCGAAGUCUUUCAGGAACCUGAAGGGAGGUAUUUUUUGCUAAUUGUUGGCUUGAGACAUUAUAUGUUGUGUGUACUAUUAGAAGCUGGAGGCUGUGCAUCCAAAGCUGUUGGGAAUCCUGGACCGGACUGUAUAUAUGUGGAUCAGGUCAAAACAACUCUUCACCAGCUGGAAGGGGUAGAUUCCCGCAUAAAUGAACGGCUAGCCUCUUCUGCAACCCCCUGUUUGUCUUGUGCUGACUGGUUUCUUGCUGGAUCACAUGAAAAAUUAGAUAAUUUAACAACCUCACCUAUCCUCAGUAGGCUACAAGGUACUUCCAAAGUAGCAACCUCUCCAACAUGCAGAAGAGCUCUUUUUGGUGACUAUUCCCUAAAGACACGUAAGCCCAGUCCAUCCAGAAGUGGAGGAUCUGACAGUGGUUGUGAAGGUGGAGAAGGUGUUGGCCUGAGUCCCCACACUACAGCAUCUCAGGGUUCUGAUGGUUCAGAAGAAAGUGGGGCCUUGCUUAAGGUCACUAAAAAGAAGUCUACUCUUCCAAAUCCAUUUCAUUCGGGGAACCUGAAAAAGGACCUUUCAGAAAAAGAAUUGGAUAUAUAUAACACAAUGAAAUUGACAUCUGGUCCUGAGAACACACUUUUCCACUAUGUCGCUUUAGAAACAGUGCAAGGGAUCUUUAUUACUCCUACGCACGAAGAGGUGGCACAGCUAAGUGGCUCUAUCCAUCCUCAGCUGAUAAAAAAUUUCCAUCAGUGUUGUCUCUCCAUUCGUGCAGUUUUCCAACAGACACUGGUUGAAGAGAAGAAGAAAGCACUAAAUGGUGGAGAUCAUUCAGGUUCUACAAAUUCAGUGUCUUCUCUUAACCCUGUGAAAGAACAUGGUGUAUUGUUUGAAUGCUCACCUGAAAACUGGACUGAUCAGAGAAAAACACCACCAGUUAUGGCUUACUGGGUAGUAGGGAGGCUCUUUCUUCAUCCCAGACUUCAAGAACUUUACGUCUGUUUUCAUGACUCAGUCACAGAAAUUGCCAUUGAAAUGGCUUUUAAAUUGUUCUUUGGAUUAACCUUGUAGCUGUGUUUUCUUGUUGUACAGCAGCACUGUACAGACCAUAAAGUAGUAUUAGAACUGCUGAAAUCCGUUCACAAAGAGAUAAGGUUUAACUUCUUUCCUCUGUUCAAUACUGAACAUAAGAUUGUUAAAGACUGAGAUGAUAUGCUGCUGGAUUUGAUGCACUAAAUCGUUUUGUGAGACUUUUGAAGAAGAUACUUGAUCAAAAUAUGAAGAAGGGAUUGUUAACUUAUUUCCAUUUUGGUAUAUACCAUUAAUUUAUUUACUAGUUUGAAAUACUGUGAUGUGUUUUAUGUAAAAUUAAUAUAGGAAUGUUUAUCUGGGAAAAAUACCCAAUUCGUUGUAUAUUUUUCUUAAGACUAAUAUUGAUAUCUGGCGAAACAAUCAUGAAAUUGGGAGGAGGUGACCAGGUUCUGUAACUGAUUAGUGCUGUGACCAUGAGCAAGUUGUUGUACCUCUGUGAGCUCAGAGUUUUCAUGUACAAAUGAAAUGAUUGCUUUGAGGUGUCUAAAGACCCUCUUACGUUUAAAAUGUGCAAUUUUUUCCCUCUUGCCUAUUGUUUGGUACCUAAAUUUGUAACGUCCAAGUACUGAUUCCUUCUUAGAUCAGAUACUUUUCUUUAGUUUAGGUGUUUUAGUAGAUACCUCACAGUGGGGGAAGAGAGGAGUGAAAAUUAAACUUCUUUUUUUAUUUAUUUGACUUUCUUUACUCUUCCAGGUCAAUUCUAUUUUGACUAGGAUAUAUUUUUUUAAACUAUUUGUCCAUAAACUUUCAUUGUUUUUCUCUUUGUUGAAAUAUAUUCAGGUAUAUACCCACAUUUUAUGCAAGUUCAUGAAUUUUGGGAAAGUUGUAUGUAAACCUUUUUUAAAAACCUAAUCAUGUUGAAAACACUGAAAAAGCUGAUAAAGAAAUUCUAUUGCGACUUUUUUUGUUCAAUACAAAUUUUUGUCUUACAAGUAUGGAUCAUUAUGUAUUGGGUUUUCCCAAAGGGGGACAUUUUAAUGAACAAUAGUUUACUUGACUUUGAGUAGAGAAAGAAAAGUACUAAGAUGAAAAUUUUCAUUGGCUGUCAGAAUUUGGUGGAUUGAAAGAAAGGAAGAACAUGACAAUUCUUAAUUGACAUUUACCCAAUGGAUUCUAUUGAAGUCUCAGAUGCCCCCAAGACUUUAAAAUACUGGGUUCAUCAUCCUUCAGGACUUAACUUUGGAAGGCAAAUUAUGUCGGCACAUCUAAAGCCAGUCCCUUGCCUUUCCCCUACCUCAAACGUGAGACCUCCAGCUUACUCUGAAUUAACUGCAAAAUGUAGUGAAUGCACCAUUUGAAACAUUUGGUCUUAGAAGAAACACUAUUAUUCCUCUGUCAUGAGUUUAAGAGAUUUUCACCCAGUCAUUUAAGAUGCAAACCACUAUACUUGUCCCAUUAGUGACUUGUGGGCCUUAAUUUUGGCAUUCAAAACAGGGAAAGAAACUUUGGUUCUUGAAAUGUAGAAAAUGGCUUGCAAUAUCCUCCCCCUUAAGAUUAUAAUAUUGGUCAAAUGGUAGAUAGACUCUUUACUACUGUCUUAGGACUGCUUGUGUACAUAUAUAGGUACUGAGGUAUUAUUUAAAAGUAUUUAGUAAAUGUCUUAAAUUUCUUGAUAUGUCCUCCAAAACAGCAUGAGCUAUUUUUAAUACUGGGAAUUAUUUAUAAAUGCAGCUAUUGAUCACCUCAGAUUUUCAAACAGACUGAACUAAGACUUGGGAUUUUACCAUCAGGAACUUUUUGUUUCAUUUAAUGAAAUUUUGGUUUGUUGAACUGCUUUCCUGGUGUCAAAGAAUCAUGAGACCACCAUUUAAUAACUGAAAUAAAAAGACAAAGCAGACUACUGAUGGUAAUAAGGGCAAAGUCAUUUGCAACAUUGUAGAUAUGCUCUGUAAUGACCAUGUUGCAGAGACAUUACAUUUUUAAGAAAUAAAACUAAACAUUAUCUUGGCUUUUAUCUCUAAAUGGAUAUCAAAAUAAGCAUUAUAAGUUAACUUAGCUGCCCAUUUUUCCAUAUAUGUUCAGACUCACAUCUGAACACACAUAAUCAGAUCAGUCUGAUUAUUAGACAAGAAGUGCCUAUCUGCCAUUUUAUUAAAUAAAGAGGGACAAAGAAUAUUUUAGCAGAUAUAGAAGCAUUCUUAAGUUGGAGUUUAUUAGCAUCCUGCAAAAGUUCUUUUUUACCAAAGACUGUAAUGCAAAAGCCUAUAUAACCAGCAUUUAAAAAAAAAAAAAAAAGUCAAGUGCUGUCUUACCACCAUCACAUAUUUUUUAGCCCCACAAAAUUACAUUUUAGCUUCUAACCCCUUUCUCUUUAUCACUCUUUGUUUCUUUUGGUCAGGUUAGAGAAGAGAAUGUUUCUUAUUUGUGCCAAGGGACCCUUGAUGGUGAUGCAUGCUGGCAAGAUAGUAAAUUUGCAGUGCCUGCUUUUUUAUAUUUCUAAUACAAAUGGGAAAGGCUAUGAAAUCAAUUUACUAGGUUUGUCCACUUUGAACAUUCUUGAAAAUAAUAUUGUGAAUAAUCAUGUGUUGUCUGUGUGAUUUCCCUCUAAAUAGUGCCUGGCAUAUGCUAUGUGCUAUAAAAGUGUUAGCUGCUACUACUACUACUACUACCACCACCAUUUAUUAUUACUAUUAUUAAAUAUCCAUUGGUUGAAAACCAUGGAGUCAGCUAAAUCAUACCUUCUACUGUACAAAAUUUUGGAAAGCUAAGAAAAAGUAUUCUGCACUAAACACUUCUAAAACGAUGACUUAUACUUUGGAUAUUUUAAAAUAUAUUAUUGAAUGUUACUAAAACUUUAAUCUGUAUACUAAACUGUGUGGAAAUAAUUUAAUUUUGUAGAGUUAUACUUCUAUAUUCUAUAUAAUUGAAGAUAUUUUUAUACUAUAUUGAUAGUUUUUAAUAAAGAUGG